AUGGUUGGUGUCACUGAGAGGCCGAUUUUGCCCAGCAAUGUUUUUUAUUUGCCAAGCACUGACUGCGUUUCCUGUCCGCAGCAGCAGGAAGUUGUGCUUAUCGAAGAAGUCCCGACAGAUACGAGCCAACCUUGGGCUGCCUAUAUCGACCGGGGAACAGUAAUUAUCAGGGCCGCAUGCCAUAGCCGAUUAUUCCAAGAGCAACUCCAUCUUGACCAGCUUUACCUUCCUUCACCUCUGGGCAGCCAUCCGAGUGCUGCUUCCCUCUCUCGUUUCUGUCGUUUGUUGAUACGCGAUAUACGCGUGCUGUCAGCGAAGCAGACUCGGUGA